AUUAUUGUAAAUUAGUAUACUUUGCUUUCUUCUAAAUCUAUUUCACUUUAUUGCCCAUUCAUGGAAAAGAGAAGCUACAACCCACAAAAAAUAAAACUCGAUCUGAAACAUGUUCCUCCUCUAGAUCCUUCAAUCAUCACCCCAUCAUCCAAGGUUAAGUAUGAGAAACACAGACCAAAUUCAGGAGUUUUUGCGCCUCGAGUGGUAAAGGCUUGGCCUAAAGAGGGAGCGAAAGUUGCUGAAUUUGACGAUGCCUCAAAACUACGGCAAAAUUUGAAGGUUGGAGGUGCAAGUUUUUGUUCUACAAAGUGCAUAGACCCAAAUAGCACUAAAAACAACAUCCACGGAAAGAAUAUUGAAAGCAGUACUGGGAAUGAAAAGCGGUUGAGUGAAUCAAAAAGUGAAGAUGCUCCAGUUAAGGUCUCAGCGAAGUCACAAUUGCAUGAGGUCUGCGCUGCAAAAAAUUGGAAGCCUCCUUUGUUCGAGUGCUUCAAAGAAGAGGGACCAGACCACUUUAAAUUAAACCCUGUGGUUACUGCAUUGACUGCAGGAUUGCUACUUUUUGCGAAACUUAUUGCUUUAGGUUGUGUGAAUGCUGUAAGAUUUCCCAGGCUGUGCCUAAUAUGAAAUGCUGUAAACAGGUUCACCUACAAGGUGACUUUUGUUAUAGAAUCCUCGAAAACCUUUUUGGAGAGCUUCAGUGCUCCUCAGCCUACGAAAAAAACAGCAGCAGAGCAUGCAGCUGAAGGGGCAUUGUGGUACUUGAAUCAUUUGGGCUAUUUUCCAAUCCAGAAAUGAAGUUCAACUAACAAAUUUCAAGCACCCACUUAGAUUAGAUCGUCUCUUUCCUCUCACACCAACAGAGGCUAGUAGCAAGAAAUUGUAACAAAUUCGUUGUUUGCUUGAACUCUUUGGUAUAAUUUGUUCAAUGACUUGUAUAUUCAAAACAAUAAAACUAUGUGAACUGAGUUUUGAGUAUCUAAUUGGGUAUUUAGAUGAUGUAUAAUCAUGUGAUUGAGUGAUUGUGAAUUAAAGAUAAAAUAACUCUCAAUCACAUAAUGACAUAUCAUUUGAAUACUUAAUUAGCUACUCAAAACUAGGUGUAUAUAGUAUUACGCUAUUCAAAAUUGUAAAAAUCAUUUGAAUACUCAAUUAGCUACGUGUAUAUAGUAUUGCUCUAUUCAAAAUUGUAAAUCUCUGUUCAGCUGACGCCAUUGAGAGGAAAUAAAGUGUACAUGAUCUGACUUUAUUUGAAGUAGCCUCUUUGUUGUCAUUAGCAGUGACUUCUGUAUUAGUAGUAGUCUUUGUAAGGACCACUUUAUGUAAAUUUUUAUCUGUAAUUCAGAAUUUAAUCAAAGAGUCGGCUUUUACAUAGUGACUA